AUGCACCAGAUCCUCCGGGCCAUUAGGAUGCAGAGAUGCGUGUCUGUCUGGCAGGCAUCUGCAGCUGAGCCCAUGAACCACUGCGGCCACGGCUUGCAGGCUCAGCUGCGGAUCAUUUUCCCGAACGCCACUCAGCCUAUUAAAGUUGCAGCUUUCUACACUCGCCCUCGCCCUCGCCUUCGCAGAAACCAGCAGGGCAUGGGUGUUGGGCUGGUCAGCACGAGAUCCGAAGGCCGAAGGGGAGGCUCCGUGGCUCUUCGCCGCACUGCAUGGAGCCUCUCUGAGAAGUUGCUGGUUAUUGGUCUCUUUGCGACCAAGCAAGUGCCCAAACAUGCGGCGGGCGGCGUUGCAUCCCCAGUCUUGGCCACCGAUGACGAUUGGCUUGGUGGUCGACUCGGCCAAUUAGUAGCUGGCGACUCUCUGGGUGCCUUGGAUAUGCGAGCAACAGGAAGACGUUUUGCUAAGGCCGAGAUUUGCUGGUGGCGACGGCUUGAACCCAACCUUGGGCGUUACUUCUUACAUCUGCAAGCCACCAAGUCAUUCGAGUGGCUGAACCCGCGCCCCCACAUUUUCAUAGUCUCUUUCAGAAAUAUGGCAUCAUUCUCCUUCGGAUUCGGCGGCGAUGACAUAGAGGACGACUCCGUUCCCGUCCCGGCCGCCGAGGCCUCCGCGCCCGCCCCGGAGCCCGAGACCCCGCAGUCCGCUGCAACAGCCAGCGCCUUUCCGGUGCCCGGCAAACCCCAGCUGCCGCCCACCGCCCACGACCUGCAGGACAUGCUCUCCAGGCUGCCCUCAAAGGUCGCCUUCGGGACCCUGGACGUCACCCUGGACGACGGUAGCCUCAUCAAGAUCCCUCGUCGCGAGCUCUGGGACGUGCGAGUGCAGCUCAUGGCCGAGGAUGAGGCCGCCGGUGACGGUGCCGAUGCCGAAGGCCUCGGCAGCCACGAUGUCAAGACGGGCGUCUACGAGGGCGGUUUCAAGAGCUGGGAGAGCAGCGUGGACCUCGUCAAGGUUCUCGCCAGUGGCCAAUACUUGGACCUGCUCAAGCAACGGCCUCUCCGAGUGAUCGAGCUUGGAUGCGGCACAGGGCUUCCAUCGCUCGCUCUUUUGCAAUGGACCUUGAGGAAUCCAGCGCCGAGAUCGCCACUUUUGCUGACCCUGGCCGACUACAACCCGACAGUCUUGCAACUGGUCACGUUGCCCAACUUUAUCCUCGCCUGGGCUCUGGAACGCAGGGACCAGAACCCCGCCCUGGAAGAGGCCUUCGCGAUGGGAGACGAGCUCGAACUCACAUCAGAGGUCUUGCAGCAAUUCAAGGAGUUCCUGACGUCUUCCCAAAUCUCUCUCAAUUUCAUUUCUGGUGGCUGGUCAGUGGAGCUUGUUGAUCUUCUCUAUGAGACUCAGUCCAAGCUGGACGGGUCCAGCAGUUUCGAUACCCUUCUUAUUGGAGCGGAAACCAUCUACUCGCCCUUCGCACUCGACGCUUUCAACGAGAUGGUCCUUGCCAUCCUCAAUAGAGAACAGAGCCAACGUAGCAACUGCCAGUCGCAGGCGCUGGUUGGGGCGAAGCGGCUUUACUUUGGCGUUGGAGGUUCACUCGAUGAUUUUGUGGAUAAGGCUAGGGGAAGAGGAGCAACGGUAACUCAAGUCAGGGAGGAGGCUGAGGGUGUUCGGCGAGGUGUCGUUCGAUGCACUCUGGGCUCGCCUCGUGAAUAG